AUGAUUCGGCUCUUCGGACUCUCGUUUUUCAAGAGCCUCCUCUUUAUCGCGAUUAUACCGGGAGGAUUUUCGGUUAGAUUUAGGAGUGCUGAAGCUGAGAAAGUAUCCCUAUACUCACGUUCGGAUAAUGUGCAUGUGGUCGAAGGCUUGGUUUUUCAGAAAGCUCUAAAGGCUCCAGCCCUUGGAAAGUUGGUGCAAUAUCUGAACAUUUUCUGCGGACACUGUCGAAGGUUCGUGCCCAUCUACAAGAAACUGGCUAUCGAUCUGCAAAAGUGGAACCGUAUUCUGCGAAUCUUUGCCGUAGACUGUGCCCAGGAGGACAACGUGAGUGUAUGCCGGGAUUUUGAAAUCAAGUCGACGCCCACACUGCGCUACUAUCAUUCAAAUUUCGUGAAAUCGCGUCAUGGACUCGGAACAAAUUUACCCAUUGAGAGUUCCAAGAAAAUCGUGGACCUGCUUGUUAAGCAUCUGGCCAAAAAUGACUACACUGGAACCAAGGAACUAAAGCCGAUCUUUGCUCCUGUUCAGAAAAAUGAGACUGCAAAGAGUAUCUUCGGUCGUUUUAACAGUAAGCUGCUUUAUAUUUUGCUCGUAUUUCAGCCGCAGAACUCCCAGAUCGGAAUAUUAACGCUUCUGGACCUUCUUCCCUAUCCCGAUGUCGCUGUGCGAAUCCUAAAUGAUGCUCAGCUCUUCACCCAAUUUGGCCUGAAGCCUUCCGCCCGAAAUAUUGCCCUUCUAGAUAGAACUGGCAAAGAGCAUCCAUUAAGGCCAACCGAAGAAAGUAGCUCUGCUUACGUGGAAAGUGUUGCUAAAUUUCUAGAACAAAAUAAGCACACUAGGAUUCCCAAAUUGCCAACAACUAUAGCUCCGAAAGAGGUAUUACCGCAGGGGAUGGACGCUAUUAUUCUGAAGAAGGUGCUGGCUUCACCACCGGUUGUCUAUCAAGCCGACUUGGAGCAGGCUCUUCAUCAACUUCUGCACAUCGAGAUUCCCAAGGCGCCACUCAUUAAGGGGGAAAAGUUUUUGGCCUUGUACCGUCUUAUUCAGUUGUUUAACCGCUUUAAUCCUUUAAACCAAGACGGCAGAAAGCUACUUUUUAGGCUUGAAAGUCACCUAAAGACUAUUAAGAAAAUUAAAGGAGCCGAGUUGGCGAAUAAAGUUACGGAAAUCGAAAAAAGUCUGGGAAAAGUCUUCAAAAUAUUUCGCUACGUUGGCUGCAUUGGCUCUAAGCCUCUAAUGCGCGGCAUCACCUGCUCAUUUUGGACACUUUUCCACCAUUUGACUGUGAUGUCGGCCCAAAAUCCAAAGGUAUUUAAGCCCGGCUUUGUGAUAUUUGCUCUCUUCGGAUUUGCCAAGUACUUUUUCGGCUGCACUGAGUGUGCCAAGCACUUCCAGCAGAUGGCCAAGCGGCGAAAUGUGGAAUCCGUGAGGUCCCAUGACGAGGAGAUACUUUGGCUUUGGGCAGCCCAUAACGAGGUCAACAAUAGGUUGGCCGGCGACGCCACUGAGGAUCCCAAGUUCCCCAAAGUGCAAUUUCCGCUGCGGAAACACUGCCCGGCCUGUCAUAAGAAGCCAAAUGGAUGGAACACAGCCGAGGUGUUGAAAUACCUGAAGCGCAUCUACAGUAUUAAGCGCGUCAGCUUUUACGGAUUGCCCACCUUGAGAAGAACUUAGAAAACUACGACAUAGCUCAAGUGCUUAUCAGCAGGCAAUAAACGCAAUCAAAAUAAAUGCCAACCAAGUUGUUGUUGUAUGUUAUACUGCUCCUGCUACCUAUAUUUAUUCGACUUUUCGGUUUCUAUCUUUUGUGCAUAAUACA